AUGUCGACUGAAGAUGGACGCCUCCAGACCCACAGCAGUCAUAGCAACGACGCAUCAGACCCGGGCUUCAUGUACAAGCAGCAGUGGGUGCAAGACCUAGUUUCGCAGCUGUGUUUGUUCGUGCAAACCAAUACGGACUGGAUGGGCGUCAGGGAUGAAAUCGACCGACCGGCGAGAGUGCUUGACUAUGCUUGUGGAAAUGGUGCUCUUUCCAAGGCCUUGGCAGAUGUAACUACCCACACGACGUUUCGUGGCAUUGACAGCUCUGCCGCCCAAGUUCAGCGCUUCAACGAUGCUGCUCAAGCUUUGCCCGACGAUAGCCAGCUGCGGAUGCUGGCAGCUCAGGGAAAUCUUCAGGAGGAAGACGCGAAAUUCGAGAGUGCAGAAUGGUAUCACUUUGAUGUGGCCUUGAUCAGCAUGGCGCUACACCAUGUUUCCAGUCCGUCUGAUAUGCUCAAGAAGCUUGCCUCAAGGGUAUCGACUGGUGGGUGCGUCGUCAUAGCAGAGUUCCUCACCGAAGAGACGCAUCUCUUGGGCGACCAGGGACACGGCAAGUGGCCUGGAUUCACCAAGCAGAGUUUGCAACAGGCAAUGGAACAAGCCGGGCUGGUUGACGUUGAGAUGAGGACUGAUCCAAAGCCUACCGUUAUACCGGCCGAAUUUGGUGGUAACAAGCAGAUUGUUUUCGCUAAGGGCAGGACUGUGGCCUCUUGA